GAGCCCGCUCCUCAGGCCGCCCCUCCCCCGCGCCCUUCCUGCCCCCGCCGCCUCUCCUCACGGCCCCGGCGGUUUGGCCGCCAGUCUGUCAGAUUCUUUUCGCCAGCGGACGCGCCAUCCCUCGCGUCAUAUUCCUCCGCCGGGAAAUAGUCCGUCCCUUCUCUGUCUCUCCCCAGCGCCCCCACCCCGAGGAGGGGAAAAAGAAAAAAAAAAACCACCACCUCUCCUGGCCGUCGCCUUCUCACGUGACUGACUCGCUAGCUAGGAAGGAAGGAAGGCGAGCGAGGAAGAAAGGCGUAGCAUCGGAAAGCCGAGCGGUGCUGCUUCUCUUUCCUGCCUCUCACAUCAGAAAGGGGCGGGGAGUGACUGGAUUGUAGGGCUGGGCGGAGGCGGCCGCGAGCCCAGGCGCUGCUACUGCUACUAGGAAUGAAGAGGAUGGUGGUGGCCUGCUUGCGAUAAAGCGAAGCGGAAAAGGGGCUGGGAGAGACUAAAAAAGGGGGGCGCCCUCCUUUCAGGGUGGGAGCCCCGAUCUUUACACUCUGCUUUUCUUCUCUUCGCUGAGAGGACGAAACGGAGCAGAGAAAAGGAAGAGAAACCAGAGGAGGAGAAAGUCGGUCCGAUAGGGAAGAAAAGCUAACAGCUAACAACCAUGUCAGGGCGCCCGAGAACCACCUCCUUUGCAGAAAGCUGCAAACCGGUGCAGCAGCCUUCAGCCUUUGGCAGCAUGAAAGUUAGCAGAGACAAAGAUGGCAGCAAAGUGACUACAGUAGUAGCAACUCCCGGACAAGGUCCAGAUAGGCCUCAAGAAGUUAGUUAUACAGACACUAAAGUGAUCGGGAAUGGAUCUUUUGGUGUUGUUUAUCAAGCCAAACUCUGUGAUUCAGGAGAGCUGGUUGCCAUUAAAAAAGUUCUGCAAGACAAGAGAUUUAAGAAUCGAGAGCUUCAAAUCAUGAGAAAGCUUGAUCAUUGUAACAUUGUCAGAUUACGUUAUUUCUUUUACUCCAGUGGAGAGAAGAAAGAUGAGGUAUAUCUUAAUUUGGUGUUGGACUAUGUUCCUGAGACAGUAUACAGAGUGGCAAGGCAUUAUAGUAGAGCCAAACAGACACUCCCUAUGAUAUUUGUGAAGUUGUAUAUGUAUCAAUUAUUCCGAAGUUUAGCCUAUAUCCAUUCCUUUGGAAUAUGUCAUCGGGAUAUAAAACCACAGAAUCUUUUGUUGGACCCUGACACAGCUGUUCUAAAACUUUGUGAUUUUGGAAGUGCAAAGCAGCUAGUUCGUGGAGAGCCUAAUGUCUCUUACAUCUGCUCUCGAUAUUACAGAGCACCAGAGUUAAUUUUUGGAGCCACAGAUUAUACUUCUAGUAUAGGUAUGUAUUUGUUUUUUCAUUUUAAACUGAAUUGCACCCUUUCCUGGAUCGUGAAACCCAGCCCUCAGUCACUCAUACCCCAUCAUUGCUUGGUUGGAUUACUGCAGUGCGGUCUACAUGGGGCUAUUCUUGAAAAAUAUUGGGAAACUACAACUGGAACACAGAGUACAGCAAUGCGGGCAGUUUUGGAGGCUCCUAGGGUGGUGCAUGUCCUUGGAACUCCCACAAGAGAACAAAUUAGAGAAAUGAAUCCAAAUUAUACAGAAUUUAAAUUUCCUCAGAUUAAAGCACAUCCAUGGACUAAGGACUCGUCAGGAACAGGACAUUUCACCUCAGGAGUACGGGUCUUCCGACCCCGCACUCCACCAGAAGCAAUAGCUCUAUGUAGCCGUCUGUUGGAAUAUACCCCAACUGCCCGCCUGACUCCACUGGAAGCAUGUGCACAUUCUUUCUUUGAUGAAUUACGGGACCCAAACAUCAAAUUACCAAGUGGUCGAGAGAAACCUGCACUCUUUAAUUUCACUACUCAAGAAUUGUCAAGUAAUCCAUCUCUGGCUUCAAUCCUCAUACCUGCUCAUGCUCGAAAUCAAGCCGCUGUUUCAACUCCUACCAAUACUCCAGCAGCCUCAGAUGCCAGUGCAGGUGAUCGAGUUCAGACCAAUAAUGUAGCUUCUACAUCAGCUUCCAACUCCACCUGAACUGAUCUCAAGCAGCAGCUUAUACAGGAACAAUCACCAGUAAUUUUGAGUCUUACUCAGCAAUACUGGUCACAUUUGGAAAGAAAAUGUAAAAAGAAGGGGAAAAACUGUUCAUUAUAGUGUUGGAUUUUUAAAAAUUGUUGUUCUUAUUUAACCUUGUAAAAAACCAGUUUCAUUGUAUGCUCACUCUGCAGGCUCUUUGGGGCAGGGGAAUAAGUGGGGUGGGAAAAGGGAAAUGGAUUAUUAGAACACCAAAUUUCUCUUCCCAUGACAAUCUUCUAAUUUCAAAUAAUUGCUGUUGUGUACUUUAGAAUCAGGAAUCUUAUCUGACGUCCUCCAACAAUCACCGCCAUCACCAGAAAAAAGGAAAGAAAGAAACCCCUCAUUCUGCUGAAGCCUUGUAUUUUUAAGUGAUGUUUCAAUUUUUGGUGUAGUGCACAACUUGAAUUUGGUUAGGAGUUUAACAGAAGUUGCUCAUCUUGAGUAUUAUUUGCUGGAAUUAAAUGUCUUCGUGUUAGGUGAGGAGGAAGAACAAGAUGAGGUGCUACAAUAUGCUGAGUUGCCAAAGGGAAUUAUGAAGGAGGAGGGAAGUUACAGUGUGGAAAAAAAAAAGCUUGAAAUAAUAAGGAACAAAUCACCUUAAAUUUCAUUUGCCUCUAAAGAAUUCUGCAGACAUACACUAUUGGCUUGAAUGUACCUAUCCCAAUGUUUUAGGAGUUGGAUAUUUAAAAAAUCUGGAAAGCAUAGAAGAAAGCAUGAUUAAUCAUAUCCACACCUCAGUAGAUGGGAGUAGGUGUGCAUAUCCCUCCAUGUGCAGAAAAUAGAAAAUUCCUCCUGCAUUCUGUUCAUUCAUUUUGAUUCUAAGUUGAUUUCUUUCUUGAAGAACAACACUGGGAAAAAGAUGCAAGGAUAAAAUGUGAAUGGACAUACUAUUUUCAUAGCAUGCAGUGUUUUUAAGUUGAUAGAUUUAUUUAACAGGGUAGAUUUAAAUCCUGCUUUAUAUUUAAAUGCACCUUUUUCAGUCUCUUCUUUUCUAACCUUUGCUCCUGUUUCCUAUGUCUUUGUUCUGGAUAAUUAAAUUGUGGCCAAAGGUCUCUGUGACAUGAAAGCAAUAUGCCUUGAAACAGUUUGAGAAAAAAUGUCAUUACUAAUGCACGAAGCACUAAUGGGUUCUUGUGACUAGCUUCCUCUUUGAUUUGAUAGCUGUACUUAUUUAGCUUUACAUCGAAUUCACUUUACCUUGCAAAAUCUUUCAUUGGUGAACCUUUUGAAAUUAGAUUUGGACCAAGGAGAGCAAGUAGUUUAUAUUCAUUUCUUAGGUGUGAAGCCAUUAAGAGAAGUAGGGUCUCAAAUGGAGAAUGGGGCAUGGUCAGAAAAGAGUGGCGGCUUCUCUAAAAAAAAUCAGAUGACUUUAAAGACCACACAAAUGAUUACGUAAACUAUUUUUAAGAGCCACGAGCCGGGAAGCCAUCUUUCAAAAACUAAAGCUGACUAGAAAAUAAUCCAUAAUGGAUGAGAGGCCUGGAAAGACUGUCUUGCUGCAUGGCUUGAGCCCACUGGCAUCUUCCAUGUUGAUUGGUGGCCAUCAUAGUCAAAGCUCAGUUUUGUGGUCUGAAUUCAGAAAUAGGAAAUCUUAGGAGGUUUUGUAUUAUUUUCAUUGGUUUAAAUAAUAGGAGAGAAUAAUUAAAAGCUUUAACACUUUUUUUAGUGUGUGUGUGUGUGUAUGUGUGUGUAAAAACCAGGAUCCUGAUCCCCCCCCCCCAAGGAUCAUGGCAGAACUGCAAGCAAAAUUUUAUAUAAAUCUAGAUCCAGGUGUUUCAGUAUCAUUUUUUGUAAAUAAACUGACAAAAGCUCCUCACCAAAUUCAAGUAUGUACAUUAGUUCUUAAACUUUUAAGUUGUAUUGCUUUAUAUGUAAAUACGUGGACACAGGAACUGUUAUUAAUGAACAAAUGUUACCAUUCAGGGCAGUUAAUUUGUUUUAAUAAUCAGACAAAAUGUAGACAAGCUUUUUAAAGCCAUAUAAUUCUAACUAUGUACAGUAGAUAACUGGCCUGUAUUAUUGUAACGAUAACUUUAGCAAUGUAUAGUGUAUCUAUAUAGUUUGGAGUGCCUUUGCUUCCAUGAUUUUUUUUCCCUUCCUUUUUGUAACAGAUGCCUCAUAGGUGCAGAUAUGCUUUCCUUUUUUCAGCCAUUUCAUGGUCAGUAGCAGCAUUAAAAGAAAAUGCACCCAAACAUCCAUGGCUGUUCUCAUCCUGAUGAAUCGAUAGCAAUGAGUUACGGCUCAGCAGUAUCAGGAUAGUCACCAUUUUCCCCAGUAUUCACUUGCUCACUUAUUUAAGUAUAUCCCCACUGCAACUGGUUUCAUUAUGUAGAUAACAUCUUGAUAUCUAAAAUGACAGGUUUAUCUUUUACAGAUUUUUCUUGCCCAAUGUGUUCUUCAGUGGGUCCUGUUGGAUCACUGCUGCUUAGAGCUUUUGCUUGGCCAUGUUGUUCAUUCAGAGACAGAAUUGGACAUUGUAAAAUAAGUAAGCAACUGUAACUGGGGAGGGAAGAACAGGGAUCACAUGCAUUCACCUGUAUAUUUUAGAUCUAAUAAUCUUGCAAGCCUUUUUGGACAGAAAAAAAGUUGUGGUAUUAAGUGUCUAUUACCAUAGAUUAGCACCUCCGUUCUCAUUUACUUGCCAAUUUUUUUAUGAACGUUAUUUUUUGUGCUCGACACAAGGGCCUUGCUUUUAAAACUCUGCUCAUAUAUAUUCAACUUUUCAUAUUCUACAUGAGGUUUUUUUAAUGGCGAAAUGCUGAACUUUUUAUCAAACCAAAGGUUGCUUUUUUAAAAGCUUUUUGUAAUCAUCUUCUGUUCAUUCCAGUAAGACAGAGGAUGCCAUUUUUCUGGCGACAUAAAGGUCAGUGAAAGUAUUUUGUUUCUGACAGUCCACUUGGAAUUUAAAUUUUAUGGUUUGUUUUUAAAUGAAGUACCGUAUAGUCUCUCAAUCUAUCCUUAGUCUGCGUUGCAGUUGUGCAUAAUCCUAAAAUGGCAUUAAUGAUAUUCUCUGUGUCAUUCAUUGAAAAUCAGAAAAAAGGCACUAGUAAUCUUAAUUUUGAAGUAUGUCCUUUUCAAACAAUGUUACUGAUUUUUUUUAAACAGAUUAUUUUAAUGUCAUCUAGCUGGUGCUUGAACAAGCUUCCUUCUAUGAAUAAGCCAAGAAAUAGUUGAUGUCGGCAAUUAUUGUUAAUUUAAAACAAUCCCAAAUUAAAAAUGUUAUCAGCAUUUUUCUCCAUUAAAUAUCUUAGCCUCUAGAGAUCAAAGCCAGUAAUAAAAAGCACAGUUUGUUGUCUAGCCCAGGACUGAUAUUUUUCAGAUGUGCUCAUCAGAACUCCUUUUAAUUCCUAAUAUUUCUACAGGAACUAAUUCCUUGCUUCAUUUUGCAACAAGGCAAUAAAAGCAAAAUGACUGGUACCUAAAGGGUUAGCUUGAGAUAUGUUUCUUCCUAGUGUUGUUUGUUCUUGGUUUUUUGGGAAAAAACACAAAAAACCAUUUAUAUAUAUAAAUAAUAUGCUUGCUUGUAAAAUUUGCAUUUGUUACUAUGUUGCUGAUCACUUGGGCUUGUACACACAAUUAACGUGAUCACUUUCAUCUUAAAAGCAGAGUUCUAAAUAUAUAUAUAAUGGACUGUGGGUUGUAUACAAACUCUUGCAUACACACGCAAAGCUGUCUUGACUCAAAGAAGCAAAACAUGUAUAACGUUAUUACUACUUGAAUGCCUCUGUGACUGAUUACUUUUUCAUUUUAAGUAUAAACUUUUUGUGGUAUGUAUGCUUAAUGUUCAUUAUUUUAUCUCCUCCCUUCGGCUCCUUUGUAAAUACAUUAUGUUCUGUGUGACUUGGUUCAGAAAUAGUUAACUGGUACUGUAAUUUGCAUUAAAUAAAAUGUAGGUUAGCCUGGUCAUGAAAUUUAAAAA